GGAGAGAACCUGCCCCAACUUUCAGUACUUUCCGCCCAAAACAUCCAACCCGGAAGAGCAGAAGAAGCAUGACACUGCCUAAUUUACCUCAGGCAUUGGAAGAUGAGGGUGUCCCACCCAACCACACCAAGGUUUCUCUCCAAGGCCAAGGGACUAUGCCUAUUCCGGGCAACAUAAGGAAGGCUGAGGAAGUACCCGGGCUAGGGGGACCCUCCCUCCAGGCUGAAACCAGGGCCUGGUUUCAGAAGACUCACGCACCCUGGUUCUUUCAUGAUGGGGAAGCCCCAGUCUGGUUCCAUGGCUUUAUCACUCGACGGGAGGCCGAGAGAUUGCUGAAAAACAAACCCCCAGGCUGCUACUUGGUGCGGUUUAGCGAGAGCACAGUGGCCUUUGUGCUAACUUACAGGAGCCGCGGCUGCUACCGCCACUUCCUCCUGGCCCAGCUGGAAGAUGGGCGCCACGUGGUGCUGGGCGAGGACAGUGCUCACGAGCGGCUCCCGGACCUGCUGCGGCACUAUACCCUGUGUCCGCUCAGCCCUUACGGGGAGCACCUCACGCAGCCCUGUAUCCGUCAGACCCCUGCUCCAGCUGGUAUCUCCAUGCAAACAGAACACUCAGAAUCCAGGAGUGAGGGCAGAAAUGGAGCUGCCCAGUACAGCCCAGUCCACAAACAGGAACAAACCCUGGGUCCUGUGAACAAGGACAAUCCUGGACCUAGGGAGCCAGAGGAGCUACCCAGGCCCAAGCCCCCUGUCCCAGCCAAGCCCCAGAUACUCCCAGAGCUCUACUCCAUUCCAGCCCCAAAGGCAUCCCACCCUGCUCCACGCCCUGUGCCCCCUCAUCCCAUCUACCACGAGCCAGAGGAGCCCAUCGCCUUCUAUGCCAUGGGCAGAGGAAGUAAGAAGGAUGGCCUUGUCAAUGUCUAUUCAGAGGUUGCUCCACUACCCCUUGGGCACCAUUUCCUCCGGAAGUGCCAGUCUCGUCCUGUCGUAGUAACCCAGACCCUAGAUCAGGGCACUACCUCCUCCCUCCGACACCAGCCUCCCCAGGGACAUACUCUCCCAAGUAACUUUUCUCGACAACUCCCCCCAGACCGGGGACAGGUGCAGUUCCUAGGAUCCAGUAAGCAUUGAUGAGAAUGUCAAGCUUUUUGGACUGGAGACCCCAUCUGAGUGCAGCCUCAAUCCUCUGCUGUACCACAGGACCAUAACUACUCCCUCCAACCCACCCCCUGGGCAGGUUUCUCUUAAUGUGUCUUCAACAUCUCCACCCUGGAUUCCAAGCCUUAAAAAACAAAUCUAUAUACAGAGCCUCCCCCUCCCCCCCCAGGGUAAGAGAUGGGCCAGAGGACUCAGAGGUCAGUACCUAGGUUCCCUCUGCCACCCUCUGCCCCCUAAAAUACUUCCACCGGCUCUCAAGAGGAUGACAAGAGCCAAAGCCAUAUGUACAAGUGCUUUGAAAUCCUCUGAGGUGUCUUGGUUUUUCUUCCUGAAGCCCAGCUUCCUUGGCUCCAAAGCCUUUGUGUCUGGGCCUCAGUCCAAUGCUGCUGCUUUCCAAAGGAAUGGUUUGAUGGGAACAGAUGCUGAGGUGUUGUUUGUUGGUUGUUGUCUGGCUAAUAAAUCAUCACCGAACACUUCCCCUCUC